AAGCUAAGCAACGAGCUGGCAGAGCUGGGAGAACUGGCCCAGGGAAGUGUUACAGGCUGUACACGGAGCGUGCCUACCGAGAUGAAAUGUUGACCACCAAUGUGCCGGAAAUCCAGAGAACCAACUUAGCGAGCACAGUGCUGUCCCUCAAGGCCAUGGGCAUCAAUGACCUGCUCUCCUUUGACUUCAUGGAUGCUCCGCCCAUGGAAACCUUGAUCACAGCCAUGGAGCAGCUGUACACACUGGGGGCUCUGGAUGAUGAGGGCCUGCUCACUCGCCUGGGUCGAAGGAUGGCAGAGUUCCCUCUGGAGCCAAUGCUCUGCAAAAUGCUCAUCAUGUCUGUGCAUUUGGGCUGCAGUGAGGAAAUGCUGACAAUCGUGUCCAUGCUGUCUGUGCAGAAUGUCUUCUACAGGCCCAAGGAUAAGCAAGCCCUUGCAGAUCAGAAGAAGGCUAAAUUCCACCAGACUGAAGGAGACCAUCUCACCCUUCUGGCAGUGUACAACUCGUGGAAGAACAACAAAUUCUCCAACCCAUGGUGCUAUGAAAACUUCAUCCAGGCUCGCUCCCUGCGCCGGGCCCAGGACAUUCGGAAGCAGAUGCUAGGCAUAAUGGAUAGACACAAGCUGGAUGUGGUCUCCUGUGGCAAGUCCACGGUCCGAGUACAGAAGGCCAUAUGCAGUGGGUUCUUCCGUAAUGCUGCCAAGAAAGACCCACAGGAGGGUUACCGGACUCUGAUUGACCAGCAGGUGGUCUAUAUCCACCCUUCCAGUGCUCUUUUCAACAGACAGCCGGAAUGGGUAGUGUACCAUGAGCUGGUGCUGACCACAAAGGAGUAUAUGCGUGAAGUCACCACCAUUGACCCUCGGUGGCUUGUGGAGUUUGCCCCAGCCUUCUUCAAGGUCUCUGACCCAACCAAGCUAAGCAAACAGAAGAAACAGCAGCGUCUUGAACCCCUGUACAACCGCUAUGAAGAGCCGAACGCCUGGAGAAUAUCCCGGGCCUUCCGGCGACGCUGAAAGGCAAGCUUGUCCACUUGCCUGUCCUGCAGCAGUGGCCCAGGGCUUGGACUUCCUCUUACUGAUAAAAAGCUGGUUCUGAACAUACAGCUAUCCUGUGACUGCAUGGCUUAAUUGGACAUUUUCUAAAUGUGACUGUAAGAUAGAAAACAGGAAUUUAAGCCUGCCUCCACUGUAAGUCUUGGGACCAGUGGAGGCUUAUAGAUAACAUGGGAACAAAUUGUAUCAUCUUUAAGAAAGGGGCAGCUUGGGUAUCCCUGGGAUGGGAAAGGGGAGUGAGUGACCAUAUAUAUGACACAGAUGUAGUGAGGGCCCUGAUGCCCUGACUGGAGAAGAGAACCAUAGCACUCAUCUACAGUAUUGGCCCCAUUUUCUGCCCUCUCCCCAGCCUGAACUUCAGCUUAACCACCUGAAAAAUAUUUAUUUUCUCAAGGAAACAAGAAUGGG